AUGAUUCCAACAUACGAAACCGCAGCAGCGCUCGGUCUUGCGACGAUUGUAUGCCUGACCGUUCGGGGCGUCUACCUCGCCUUCUUGCACCCUUUGGCGAAGAUACCAGGUCCUAAGCUGUAUGCGCUCACGGACUGGAUCUACCUCUGCUACGUUGCUUUUGGAAUCUGGCCGUACAAACUGAAGAAGCUCCAUGAGAAAUACGGCUCAACUGUACGAUUCUCUCCAAAUGAAAUUUCAACUAUCCACCCUGAGGCCUGGAAGCAGGUGUAUGGCCAUAAGAAGGAAACAAGCCAGCAAUUUCUCAAAGAUCCAGACUUCUAUGAUGCCUCUGCCACGCCGGUGAAAGACAUCAUUCACGCUGAUAAUGAUGGCCACAAGAGGAUGCGCAGGGUUAUGGCCCACGCGUUCUCAGAAAAAGCACUACGCGGACAAUCAGACAUCCUCAAUCACCAUGUCAACCACUUUAUCUCGGGAAUAGCAGAGAGGAUGGGUCAAGGGCCUGUCGACAUUACACUGUGGUACACCUUCGCCACGUACGACGUGGUCGGAGAUCUCGCAUUUGGACAGUCCUUCGGAUGUCUCGAAAAGGGAGUCUUCGAUCCAGCUGUCGCUUCGGUUCAAAACAGCAUCAAGUUCGGAACCGUCGGGCAGAUCGUCAUCCGUCACCCAUGGGUUGCUCCAUUCUUCAACCUCUUCGUACCCCGACAUAUAGUGCAUGACUUCGAGUACAAUAUCCAACGCGGCGAGCAGAUAGUCAAAGACCGAAUCGACGGCAUUGUUAAAGGUCCCGAGCAUCAAGACCUGUUGGAUCUGGUGUUGCGACACAACGACGAGAAAGGGCUCUCGAGGGACGAGAUCGCCACCAACGCAACCACACUCAUUAUCGCUGGUAGUGAUACUACAGGCUCGAUCCUGGCUGGCACUACGUACAACAUACUCAUGAAUCGAGAGAAAUACGACCGCUUGGUCGGCGAGAUCCGAGAACGGUUCGCAAGUGAAGAGGAGAUCAACAUUGGAACUGUCAAUGAUCUGCCGUAUCUCCUUGCAGUGUUUGAUGAAUCCUUCCGCUUGUAUCCUCCUGUGCCAGUUGGAUUGCCCCGAGUCACGCCCCCAGGUGGUUGUUUCAUUGAUGGUUAUUUUCUACCCGAGAAUUCCAAGGUCUCGAUUCCCCAUUUGACAGCCUAUCAUUUCCCUGGGUUUUGGACAGACCCCGAGAAAUUCAUCCCAGAACGAUGGCUUGGUGAUGCACGCUAUGCCGACGAUAGGAGAGAUAUAUUGCAUCCGUUCUCUACAGGGCCCAGGAAUUGCAUCGGCAAGAACCUUGCGUAUGCCGAGAUGCGCCUUAUUAUGACACGUCUACUCUGGCGAUUUGACCUCCAUAUCCGACCUGAAAGCCAAGGCUGGCAUGACCAGCGUAUAUACUUCGCCUGGGAGAAGGGGCCUCUUAUGGUCGAUGUGACUGCCGUCAAGAGAUAA